UCCACAGCCACUAUUAGUAGACUGCUUUCCCGCCAACUCUGUUCUCACCAUGUCCAAUACCAUUAUGUCAACCACACUUGAGUCCCUCCCAGUUGAGCUUAUUGCUACGAUCCUUGGCAACUUAGACCUCGAGUCGCUAGUCAAAGUGUCGAAUCUAUCUCGGAGACUGAGACAUGUUGCUUCAGACUCGACUUUGAACCCCUGGAAACGCCCGAUUGCCCAAAACCUUGCUAGUAGCAACUACGAACGAAGUCUCUACCACCUCAGUCUUCGUUCAAUCGUACCCAGAAGUAAUUGGAUCGAUAUCCUUACGCUUGCACCGCCCGGUUUCAUACUUUUUGAAUCAUCCUUUCCGAACUUGAAGGCUUCCGAGUGGGAAGAGUGUUUUCGCAGACGAUUCAUUCCUGGAUGGUUGAAGUGGAAGAAGGAUAAUACUUGGAGGGAGUUUUAUGUUAAAAUGUUGUAUCGUGUCUGGCACAGAACUUACACGACCUGCACUACGGAUGAAGCUUGGACUAAAUAUAUCGUGCUCAAUCGCAAUGGUUCAGUCAACGAACUGGAAUCGUCCUCGCGGGGCUUUAGUCCCAUGGCCAUCUUUUCCGAGAUGCAAUUUCAAAGUAACCUUUCACAUAUGUCACCUACAAUAAGAGUAGUCGCCACAUUUGCUGACGUGCGGGUCAUCACGAUUGGAGUUCUUCACAGGUCUCGGUCGCCAUUGAUUGUAAACCGCAAUGCGCACGCUUUACUCCAUCCUCCCGGCAUCGAGGUCACUGAUACCCCAGGUUCGCAUCUAUACAACAAGCUUACACAUCCCUUACCUGCAGAGUCCCAUCGAAAUUAUCCGUUAUAUACUCCCGGUGGGGGAGAUAGACGACGGGGAUCUCUUAAGGAGGAAGGGCAGCAGUGGGUGGGCGGUUUAAUGGUAACUGUGCAGCUGAUUAGACCAAGGGCAAUCAUAGGGUAUGAGCAAGAUGAGUCUGAGUUUGCGGGUAGUUGGAAUCAGUUUGCCUCGUUCACAUGGCAUGAUCUACUAACAAUAGCACCAUGGAUGAAAGAGAGGGUGACCAAAAUUAUUGAUGGUCCCGGUCUCGGA